CGAAGCUAAUUUUCUAGUAUCAAUGGCGGUUGAAGGUGAGCAAGUCAAUGCUUCCACUACCCCACCAACUCGUACUGCUACAGCUACGACCUCAAAGAAUGGAAAUUUUGUGGUCAACUCUUCAUUUCCUACUGUCGAUCACAACCAUCCUUUGUACCUACAACCUAAUGACACACCAGGUAGUUCUUUGAUAUCUCUUCAGCUUACUGGAUCUAAUAACUACACCUUGUGGAGUCGUGCAAUGCGAAUUGGCUUAUUAGGUAAAUGCAAGUUAGGUUUUGUUGAUGGUAGGUUUCCUAAAUCUAGGUUUGAACCUGAUCUUCAUGAUUUGUGGGAGAAAGUGAAUGCUAUUGUUUUGUCAUGGAUAAUGAAUGCUGUUAGACUAGGUCUGUUGAGUAGUGUCUUAUAUGCAUCUAGUGCUCAUAAAGUGUGGGAAGAUUUAAAGGAGAGAUUUGACAAAGUUAAUGGUUCCAGAAUCCUAUACCUACAUAGAGAAGUUCACACCUUAGUUCAAGGAGUUAUGACAGUGACUGACUAUUUCUCAAAACUAAGAGAACUUUGGGAUGAAUUUGAUGCACUUAUGCCAUGUCCUGGAUGUCCUUGUCCUGAAUCAAAGAUGUAUGCACAACAUUUUGAGUAUCAAAGAUUGCUUCAGUUUCUUACUGGACUGAAUGAGUCCUACUCUCAGUCAAGAAGUCAAAUUAUGAUGAUGUCUCCUCUCCCUAGUAUAAACAGAGCAUACUCUAUGUUAGUUGAUCAGGAAAGUCAGAGAAAUCUUGCUACUAUGCCACAAGUAGCCCAAGUUUCUGAAGCUUUAGAGAAUUUAGCCAUGUACACUAACAAAGGGACAAAUAACACUGGAGGCUACAAAUAGAAAAGGAGUCAAGUUCAAUGUGAAUAUUGUCAUUACAAGGGACAUAGCAAGGAGAACUGUUAUAAGUUGGUUGGAUAUCCUCCUGAUUUCAAGUCCAGGAAGAAAGGUGUUAAUGGUGGACAGUAUGCUAAUCAGGUGUACAACCCAAAACUGAACUAUGGAGACAUAUAUGGUGUGGGAAAUAAUGUAGCUUCUAAUGUGGUUCAACAAGGUAGAGUUGGUAGUCAGUCUAAUGCAGGUGUCUCACAAACACAGCCAGCUAGUCAGCCUGCAUUUUGCCAGCAAAUGCCAUUGUCUACUCCUGUCUUUACCCCUGAACAGUAUCAGCAAAUAGUUCACCUGUUAUCCAAGGGAAGCACAGAAGGAUCAGAAGCUUUAAACAAGUCAACAGCUGCAGGACCACUUCAGUGGUCAGGUGGAGGGGAUUGGUAGAGAAGAACAUGGUUUAUACAUACUGCGUGGGAGUAAUUCUGCUGCAAACUCUUCUCAGCCUACAAAUAAGUGUGCCAACACAACAAAUGAAGUUCCUGCUGUCUCAGCAAAUGAUGAAUCUAGCUCUUUAUCUGCUUCUAGUACUUUAUCUAGAACACAUGUCUCUAGUGUUUGUAGUUUGUGGCAUAUAAGACUUGGACAUGCUCCUAUAGAUGUAAUAAAAAAGAUAGAAGCAUUGAAUGGUUUGACAACAGAAGCUCCUAGUCAGCCCUGUACUGUAUGUCCUGUUGCUAAGCAAACUAAGAUGCCCUUUCAGCUAAGUAAUUCUA